CUCAGAAGAUGGGAUAAUGCAAGAUAAAUAAGUGUCGAUAGAUAGAUUGGCUUCUUUAUAUCCGCUUCUUGUCCAUGUUGUUUUUUGUCUUUCUUUAUUGUUUUGAAUGGUCUCUUUCUUUCAAACACGUAAAUCAAUCGUAUUCCUGUUGGUUGCAUGCUACAUGUUAAUCAUUUUGCGUUCUUUCUAUCCACAAUAUGCAUUAUGCUCUAUGAAAACAUUGCCUGUAAUCAAAAAAUACUGGGUUAAACUCAAACAAGAUAUGAAGGAAUACUCUUCUGGUUUCAGUAACAAACAGUCUACCUUAAACGAAAUCAUUGAGCAGUUAAAAAGAGAAUCUGUCCGCAAGCAUCAAGUAUCACAGACUAUCUAUCAAGACUUGCAGCGUAUUAUUGGAGACCAGCUACCUAGUUUGAUAUACAUACCUACCUACCAACCCGGGGAAAUCAAGAUAACAGCUCAAUUUCUUCAAUACUUGGAUAAUCCUACUUUGUGGGAUGUAUUUGAAUACCAGAAUGAACGGUCCAUUCAAAUGUACAUGCAGAAACAAGUCAACCAAGGAGCCAUUGUCAAUAAAGACACAAUGAUGCAGUUGAUCACUCAACAAUUGUUUCAGUACCAAAAAAUACAGCAAAAAGGCUCUAAAGCUGAUUUAUUGCCUGAACUUAUCCAUAAAACAAUUCAGCGAUAUCACCAAGAGAUUUUAAACUUGCCAGACUUUGCUCUUGAUGGCCAAAUUAUUCAUGCCAACACAAGUACUACUUAUGGCCCAGUUCCUUAUCUGAUGGAAAGAGUUGCUACCAUGAUGGGUAUACAAACAUGGCAUCAUGUGCCUGAGUUUGCUAUUCAAUCAGAUAACAGUCCUCGUCAUUAUUGGAGCAUGAUGGGUCAAGAAGGCACAUUGGGUAUUACCUUGAAUCAAUCGAUUCAUGUCCAAGCUGUGACAGUGGAGUAUCCAUUUGCGGCUAUCUUUCCAAGAGAAAUCCACAGUGCUCCUCAACGUAUGGAAAUAUAUGGUUUAACUCAACAUGAAAAUCGUACAGAAGAAUGGAUGUUGUUGGGAAAAAUGUUGACUCCGGAUUCGUUUCAAUCUGUGUUGAUUAAGAUCAAGUCUAAUUGGGGUAACAAAUACCAUACGAAUAUUUACCGUAUUCGAAUUCAUGGUAUUCCUUCUUGAUUUACUGAAAUAGCAGAUACCCUUUUUUUUCUGAUUUUCACAUCAGAAUGAUAAUGAAUUGCUUGCUUCUUUUUUUUUAUUAAUUGAUCAAUGAUUGUACCAUUAUACUGCCUCGUUAUGCCAAUAUUCAUACAAACAAAAGGCCUUUUCGCCUAAACAAUGUGAUGCUUACUAAAAAGAAAUAUAUAUAUUAUUUUAACUUUACAUCGUAAAUCCUUAAAAAA